CGACUAGAGGCGGGGCCGCGGCGCCCGCGGGAAACCUGGGCGUGCUGUGUCCCGCUAGGUGCCGCCGCGGGGAAUGGCACGCGUAGGGAUCCUGGUCCUGCGGCCCUGGAUUCGAGAGCUUAUUCUGGGGUCAGAGGCACUCUCAAGUCCACGGGCUGGGCAGCUACUCGAGGUCCUGCAGGAGGCCGAGGCUCCAGGCCCGUCCAGCGCCCCUGACGCGUCUGACGUCGGGGCCAUGCUGCUUGUUUCCGAUGGGACCCACAGUAUCCGAUGCCUGGUGACGCGGGAGGCCUUGAAUACCUCAGACUGGGAGGAGAAGGAGUUCGGUUUCUGCGGAUUGGAGGGCCGGCUGCUGCUGCUGCGGGACUGCGGGGUGCGCGUCCAGGUCGCUGAAGGCAGCGCGUCCGCAGAAUUCUAUCUCCAGGUGGACCAUUUCAGUCUGCUGCCCACGGAGCAGCCCCGGGUGCGGGUGACUGGUUGCAACCAGGACUUGGCUGUUCAGAGAAAGCUCUGUGACUGCCUUGAGGAGCACCUUUCAGAGUCUACCACCCCCAGUGCAGGCCUAUCACUAUCCCAGCUUCUGAAUGAGGUACAGGAAGACCAGGAGCAUCAAGGGGCGCUAGUGCGUCUGGCUGAGAGCUGCCUGCAGCUGGCAGGUCCUUGCACAGCACCCCCUCUCACCCGCUGGGCUGCCUUACGCUGUGGGGCCACGGAAGAAACCAUGUACACUGUUCCCGGCUUAUUGCUGCACAUCUCCGAGAAUGACCAGCUAAUUCUCAGCUCUCUGGGCUCUGGUCAGAGGCAACAGGGCCCUGAGCUGCCCCCACCAGAGCCAGCUCUGCAGGACCUAUCUCUGACCCUGAGCUCUCCUUCUUCCUCACCCAGUUCCUCAGGAACCCCUGCAUUAUCCGGCCACACGCCAGCAGAAGAAAGUGGUGCCAGCAUCAGUCUUCUGCCUGCCCUGUCCUUGGAUGCUCUAGACCCUACACAGAGGGGCAGCUUCCAGCCCCUACCAGCCAUCUGCUCAGCCCCAGGCCCCCUGCCCCCCAGCUCCCCAAACCCCAGCCGUACAUGCAACUCUCUACUCCAGAGCUGCACCCCUAGUCUCUUGCCCCUUGGCCAUGUCUCUAGUCCACACAAGGCCCAUGUGACCACGGCCCAGAAACCUGGCCUGGAAUUCAAGGAGCUGGGGUUGCCCCCCAAGAAUAGGCAGCCUUCUCCAAGGACCAGAGCCAUCAAGGGUGUCCAGGAGCCCUGCCCUGUCUGGGAACCCCCAAAGACGCAUCGUGAUGGUUCUGCCUUCCAGUACAAAUAUGAGCCACCCUGCACCUCCCUCUGUGCCCAGGUCCAAGCUGCCAGGCUUCCUCCCCAGCUUGUGGCCUGGGCCUUGAACUUUCUGAUGGAGUCACAGCCGGUGUCAGAGGUGACCCAGGUGUGAGGGUUAU